GUCGUGUUUGGCUGAUUCCGGUAAAGGUACCGAGGGUGCGCGAGACCUCACUGUGAACCGGGGGUGCACGCGGAUCGGGAGUUACAUGUGAUUUAACGGUGUUAAAGGGCUCGAGGUUCCGCCGCGAGUGUGUGUGUGUGUGUGUGUGUGUGUGAGUGACGCCGAGCAGCAGACCUGCAGACUGUAGCUGUGGCGUGAGACGAAUCUCCAAGAUGAGUCAGUGGCUCGAGCUGCAGCAGCUGGACUCCACUUUCCUGGAACAGGUGGACCAGCUCUAUGAUGACAACUUCCCCAUGGCCAUCCGCCAGUACCUCAGCAACUGGAUCGAGAGCCACGACUGGGACCACGUGGCCAACGUGGAGAACGAGUCACUGGCUCGAGUGCGGUUCCAUGACCUUCUGACCCAGCUGGACCACCAACACAGCCGUUUUGCCAUGGAGAAGGACUUCCUGAAUCAGCACAACAUCCGCAAGAUUAAACGCAACCUGCAGACUCUGUUUGGGGACAACCCUGUCUCAAUGGCCAUGAUCAUCAGCAAGAACCUGACUGAGGAGAGGAAGAUUCUGGCAGCUGCACAAAUCUCUGAGAACCCGACACAUAACGCCCAGAGCGACAUGAUGAUCGAGAAACAGAGAGAGCUGGACAGCAAGGUGAAGGACAUCAAGACCAAAGUUCAGGAAACAGAGCAGAAUAUUAAGAACCUGGAGGAUCUGCAGGACGAACAUGACUUCAAGAGCAAGACUCUGCAGAAUCAUGAGGAGCUGAAUGGAACAAUAUCGAGGGAGGAACUGAAUCGUGAGAAACUCUACCUCAAAGCCAUGUUUGUGAAACUCAACAAUAUGAGAGGGGUGGUGGUGGGCCAAAUGUCAGAAGUUCUAAACCUGAUCGAGCAGCUGGAGUACGAGCUGAUAUCAGUGGAGCUGUCUGAAUGGAAACGACGCCAGCAGAUGUCCUGCAUCGGAGGACUCACCAACGUCUGCCUCGAUCAGCUGCAGAACUGGUUCACAGCAUUGGGUGAGUGUCUACUGCAGGUUCAUCAGCAGUUGAAGAAGCUGUUGGAGCUUGAGCAGAAAUACUCCUACCACCAGGACCCCAUCAACCUGAGCCGGGUAUCGCUGGAGGACCGUGCGGCCAUACAGCUUAAAACGCUGAUCACCAAUUCUAUGGUUGUAGAGAGACAGCCUUGCAUGCCUACACAACUGCAGAGGCCACUGGUGCUAAAGACUGGGGUUCUGUUUACUCUCAAAGUCAGAUUACUGGUGAAACUCCCAGAAUUUAACCACACAGUUCGAGUAAAGGUGCACUUGGAUAAAGAUGUGACAGAGAAGAGAAAGGGUUUCCGGAAGUUCAACAUCCUCGGGACGAGCAUGAAGGUGAUGAACAUGGAGGAGUCGAUCGGGAUGGCUGCUGAAUUCAGACAUCUGCAACUGAAAGAGCAGAAAGUAGCAGGGAACAGGACCAACGAGGGUCCACUGAUCGUCACUGAAGAGCUCCACUCUUUCACAUUUGAAGCAGAACUCUGCUGGUCAGGACUCAUCAUCAACUUUGAGACGUCAUCUCUUCCUAUUGUGGUGAUUUCCAACGUCAGCCAGCUGCCAUGUGGUUGGGCCUCCAUCAUGUGGUACAACAUGUUGACCUCUGACCCUAAGAAUCUGGCGUUCUUUGUGAACCCGCCCGCGGUGAGUUGGGGUCAGCUGUCUGAGGUGCUGAGUUGGCAGUUCUCCUCCAUCACUAAGCGAGGACUGAACACCGAGCAGCUGAACAUGCUGGGACACAAACUACUGGGACCAAAAGCAUCCAAAGACCCCGAGGCUCAGAUUCCCUGGAAUAAGUUCUGUAAGGGAGGCAGUGAAAAGAACUUCACCUUCUGGUUGUGGAUCGAAGGAGUCCUGGACCUGAUCAAGCGACACCUCCUGAGCCUGUGGGAUGAUGGGUGCAUUAUGGGAUUUGUGACUAAGGAGCGCACUAAGGCCCUGCUCAGUGAUAAAGCUCCUGGAACUUUCCUGCUGCGCUUCAGUGAGAGUAAUCGAGACGGCGCCAUCACCUUCAGCUGGGUCGAACACACCCCCAACGGUGAGCCGCAGGUGCGCUCAGUCGAGCCCUACACGAAGAAGGAGCUCUCUGCCGUCUCUCUGGCUGACAUCCUCAGAAACUACCGAGUGAUGGCUGCUGAAAACGUCCCUGAGGACCCGCUGCGCUUCCUGUAUCCCAGCACACCCAAAGACGACGCCUUCUGCAAAUAUUACUCCAAACCUACUGACAAACAUGAGCCCAUGGACGUGGACAAGAAAUCAGACGAUUAUAUCAGAACUACACUGAUCUCUGUCUCUGAAAUGGAAAACCAAAGAAAACGCCUCCUCGGCAGUGAAUUCCUACACGAGAGCCCGGGCUGGUCUCCUCAACAGCAAGUGACAUCAAAUCAACAUGAACAGAAAACCUCAGAGUAUAACGACAUCAUGAUGCCGCUCUCGCCCGAGGUGUACGGAGAACUGGAGCGCAUGACUCGGGACCUGACCGGAGAACUCGGAGAGCUGUGCUGCAGCCUUCCUAACGAGUGACGCACGGACGGACGGAGCCGAGACCUUCACCCGUCGUCUCGACCUACAGAACGAACGAGGACGAGAGCACCUGAGCUGUAAUCUAACUUUUAUAUAAAAAAGGCUUAUUUUAAAGCACCUUACAUGUUAAUAGCACUCACCUGCUGCUGAUGCACUUUUCCUCUCGCUUUAGAAACUAGACACAAGGUAUUAUAUCCGUGUCGUCCAGCUGUGUGCCUUUUGUUGUUUUUACACUGUAUUAGAACAGUAAGAAUCUAUAUAUUUUCAUCAGGGAAAGUCAGUCACUGUAAAUUUAAAUCGUCCUGUAAGGCAGCAGAGGCAAAGGGACGCGACCCCACACGCUGCCUCGACUCGUCCACCUACGCCACGUUCGUCCGGACGCUCCGUAACGUUUCGCAGCGUUAUUUUAUCACCACACCACAAGAUGUUCACGUUACUGCGUCCACUCCCAUGACCCCUUACAGAUUUCUCCCCACUGCUGUUUGUGAAAGAAACAAAAUCCCAAAACAACAAAAGAAACUUUUGAAAAGCUUUGCUUUUAUUUGAUGUUUUGUUUGAAACAAAGUGCUCAGCUUCAGCAGCAACACAACUGACUGAACAGCGUAACAGGAAGCAUACAAACAAACAUGUGCAUAUUGAUCUUUAUAUGAAGAACAUGUGUGUAAUAUAAUAUAUAUGAGAUACAUUCAGUCCUAAACGUAGCCUGUGAUUGGACAGAGUGCAGCGUGUCAUUAGAUUAGAUUCAGUUUGUGAACUGUCUGAUUGGAUGUUGUUAGAAAUACCCUGGCGACUCUUUUCCUCUCCUGCAGCAACUCUGUCAUGAACACAAAGCUUCUUGUGCUACAGUUUGUUUGUUUUUUCAUACUAGAGGUUUUUUGCAGUAUAUGUGUGAUAUUAAUGCUUUUCCAGCCUGGAUACACUUAAUAAAAAAAGAAUAAGAGGAGGUACAACGGUGUAAAGACAAGCUGCAGUGUCUCCAAAAUCACGGUCACAAUAUAUUUAUAUCAAAAAUAAUAAAUAAACAAACAAACAAACAAAUAAAUAAAUACAUAAAUAUUCGGUAACAAUUAAGAUUCAAUCUACAGACAAAAGGUGCUGAUACUUUUGGAAACCAGGAGAGCGAGCGCGAGCACACACCCACCCACCCACACACACCCACCCACACGACUGUAGAUCUGUAUGUGUGUGUGUGUGUGUGUGUGUUAGUGUGUGUUAAUGCUGCAGAAAUGCACACAAUCGGACACCGGUGUAUCCAGGCUGAGAAAUAUAUUGUGAGCUUUCAGUUUCAAUACAUUGGAUUCAAUAAAUAAAUAAAUAAUGAAACAAA